AGGCUGGUGAAUGGGACUAGUCUGUGUUCAGGCAGACUGGAGGUGAAGUCUGAGCAGUCGUGGUCCUCAGUGUGUGAAGCUGACUUUGACCAGCAGGAUGCAGAGGUGGUCUGUAGGGAGCUUGGCUGUGGGUCUCCUUCAGUCCUCCAGGGGGCACUCUAUGGAGAAGUGGAGGCUCCAAUGUGGACCAAAGAGUUCCAGUGUGGAGGCAAUGAGUCUGCUCUCCUGGACUGUAGAAGAUCAAACUCAACUAGAAGAACCUGCUCACCUGGUAAAGCUGUUGGACUCACCUGCUCAGAGUUCAGGUUGGUGGAAGGAGCCAGUCGCUGUGCAGGUACACUGGAGCUGAAACAUGGAGAGUGGAGACCAGUGGAUGACUCUGACUGGACCCUGAAGGAAGCAGCAGUAGCCUGCUCAGAUCUGGACUGUGGCUCUGCUGUUUCAACAAGAAGCAUAAAUAAUUCCUUAGAUAGAUCUUUAUGGUGGAUCAGCUCCAAGUGUGUUCAGUCUGGAUAUGCACUGAGGGAGUGUGCAUCAUCAGAUUCCUCUUCCUCCAUCGUGGAGCUCAUCUGCUCAGGUAAAGGAAUGAUGCAGAUCUGUGUUGUCAUGUCUCUGCAGGCCAGCAGGGGGCAGAAGUCAGACCCACAGGAGAACAUCGAGAUGGAUUGUAAUAACCUCAGUGUUUCCAGAGCUGAAGGAGAGCCGGCUGAAGAGGAAGGAGCUCAGGGAGCAGAGUAG